AUGGGUUCAUGCUUUGGACGAUGCGGUUUUAGCCAUAAGAGUCGUAGUGGCAAUGACAGUGGAUUGGAAGAGAAUCUGGUAGAACAGGAGAAGGCCAAAGAUGGACAUAUUUUCAAUAUAUUGAAAUUCAAGAAGAAAAAGCACUCAAAGUUCAUGGAGAAGUUCAGUGAUAAUAGUUACAAAAUACUGAAUCGCGAAGAUGGACCGAGCACGCAAUCUCGACAUUUUCCGAACAUCCAAUUGCAGUGUCUCGACGCUCAUUCUCUGCUCUUGUCCUCGCGCUCUGGAUUCCCGGCCCUGCGGCCAGAUCUCUACGUCAGUCUCAAUUCAUCUCCGGGCGGAUCGUCCUUGGAUCUCGAAUGGGAACAUGAGUAUGCGACAAACAAUCGUCACAAUCCUUGGACCAGUCUUCCGGAAAACGGUGUUGCCGAGGAACAAUCAAGCGAUGAUGAGCACUCAUCAUCGUCGGGGAAGCAAUCAAACCAAAAAGCAUCCAAUCAUCGUACAUAUAUCAAACAUGCCGUCAUCAAUGGUUCCAAGAACCGCAGCAUUCAUUCAUCGACCAACACAUGGUCGCACAUCUCGACACCCGAAUCACUGGAAUGGGAUCAGGACGAUGACCAGGAGCUCAAGUCCGACGACUCUCUGGAUCAAGAGACUCGGGAUUUGCUCUUCCAAAUCGAACAACUCAAGAAUCGAGUUCUCAAUGAAACUGGCCACUUUGAAUACGGCUCCAACGACGUCGAGAGCUGA